AUGCAGUGCGAAGUUUGUUACCAAAACAAACAUAUUCCUUAUAAAUGCCCAAAAUGUAGAAUUAAAUAUUGUUCAGCUGCGUGUUUUCAGAAACAUAAAUCAUCGGAAAUAUGUUUUGAAAAAACAUUUCAAUUCAAUCCAAAAGCAGAAGCUUCAAUAAUACAAACUCAAACACCAAUAGAACUUGGCGACGAUGAAGAAAGUGAUCGUCUCUCUACAAAUGCACUUAAACGAAUUGAUCAAUCAAAAGAAGUGCUUGAACUAUUGAAAAAUCGCCAUCUACGAACGAUAAUAAAAGCAAUAGAUCAUUCGAUCAACCCAGCUGAUGACAUGCAAAAAGCGAUGAUGGAACCUAUUUUUGUUCAAUUCGUUGAUCAAUUGCUAAUGGUUGUUGAAAAAUAA